UUGAAUGGAGACAUUGUAAGGUUAGGUUAUUUUGUAGGUAGGUAUCCAACCAAAAAUAGAAUCUUUAUUUCCAUUAAUUUCAAAAUAUAUCAGCCUUGUGUUUUUCAAAAAUGGCAUUGUUAAAAACGUUAAUACCCCGGCAAUUAAUUGUAAAUACACAUCGCGCUAUUAUUUCCACCAUCAGACCUUCAUCUACUGAUACUAAACAAAACGAAGACGAACCUGUGGAUAUAGAAAACCCAUUCAAGAAAGAACCACGGCAGUGCAUUCUCUGUAAAUUGAAUAUCACACCCAACUACAAGAACUACAGACUCCUCUCCCAAUUCCAAAGCCCUUACACUGGUAGAAUAUACGGCAGGCACAUCACGGGUCUGUGCCAAGCGAAGCAGGCAUUGGUUGAGACUGAAAUUACAAAGGCACAAAACUGUGCAUUGAUGCCAUACUAUUAUAAAGAUAAGGUGUUCCUAAAGGACCCUAAGCUGUUUGAUCCCGAGAACCCAAUUAGAUCACAUAGAUUCUAGAUCGUUUGUAGUAUAUUAGUGUAUGUUAGAAUAAAAUAUUUGUGAAAAGUAAAAAA